CCACACUUUGAAUUACCGUUUUCUGUUUUGGUAAUAAUGGCGGCUUGCUGAGGGCGACCCGCAAACUGUUCGAAUUUGUACUUGUUGGGCCUGCAGCACGGGCCCUCUGAGGCGACGGGGCGGCCCUGGACCAUGAGCUAGAGCAUCGCAGAGGCCCCGAGGCGCGCCAGGCAGCGUGAACACCGGGCAGCAGCGGCGGGAGGGGCAGCAGAAGGGCAGCCACUUCGGUUUGGCGGGUAAAACAACUCUUUGUAGUCACACACAUUCCCAAAACGUGGUCGCCACACCUGCCAGGAUGUCCCAGAGCCAGCCACCACUCUCCCAGGAGCUGGAUGCUCGCUUCUCAGUCUUCCUCAACCCCAUCAGGGACCUCACCAAGAACUGGGAGGUUGAUAUUGCUAAGUAUCUGGAGGAGUACCUGGAGGAGUUGGCCGGGGUCACAAUCAGCCUGGAUGGGGGGGUGACACCCAUGAACUUUGCUGAGGCUGCCAUGCUGAUCCAGGGCUCCGUCACUGUCUACAGCAAGAAGGUGGAUUUCUUGUGGCAAAUGGUGCUGAAGACCUUAGACCUGUUGUCCAGUCGUCGUGCUCUAGAGGACAAUGAAAUGGAGGCUGGUGCAGGCAUGGGUGGUGGAGGACGCAGAAGCCGAAUGGAGGUAGUCCAUUCCUUCUCAUGCAUUGACAGCAUCAAGGAGUCCCACAACAUUGAGCUACGUGAAGACGAUGAUGAUAAUGACUCACGGCGGAAAAGUGUCAAGUUUCUUCCCUCCACACCACUCAAUUUAAUAGAAAAGGAAGUAGAAAAGUCUCAGAAUCGCAUCUCUCUGCGGAUGAGGACCAACGAGCUGCUGGGCGCCAAGGAUGAUUUCAGGAUCACCCGCUCCUACCUCACACCCCAAGGGGUGCUUCACCUUGAAGUUCCAAGUGAGAUGCUUGAUGGGAGAGCCAAUGCCACCGCUACUACCUCCACCUCCACCCUGUUGCCAAGUCAACGGACUGAGGCAGCAAGUGUUGCCACAGACAUUCCUGAAAUGGAGAUCAGAGCAGAGUCGGAUCAAGAUGAACCUCCACCCUUGGAGGAUGACUGCAUGCCACCAGAAGAUGACCCCCUACCCCCAGAAGAGGAUCCUCCACCCCCUGCAGAGGACCCCCCUCCCCUAGCAGAGGACCCCCCUCCCCUAGCAGAGGACCCUCCACCCCCAUCUGAGGACCCUCCACCACCAGCAACCCCUAUAGAGGACCCUGACCUGAAUCAUCACAACAACAACAACAAUGAAAUGGCCAUUGAGUUUCCCAAGCAAAGGUAUGGCCUCAGGAAGCGCAAGGAUGAGGCGGAGGUGGUGGCAACGCUGAAGAUGACAGACAAACUGAAGCCAUUUGACCCCAAUGCUGAUUGUCCCCCGAAGAGACCACCCAGGGCAGGGCGGCUGCGUGUGCCCACCCCAUGCCCCUGCCACCGUCCAUCUGAGAGCAAGAGGCAGAAGAAUAAGAAGAACAAGAAUCUGGCAUCCAAGUCAUACCUUCCCUUGGAGGAAUUCAUCACUAGUGAGCUGAAGGACAUAAUCAGCAAAAAGAACAAGAAGGAGAGGACCAAAAAGAUACCACCUGAGAUCCUGGAGAAGGCAGCUGAGGAGGAAGCAAACCGCAUCAACAUAGCUAAAGAGAAGGUGGUGCAACGGCUGGGUGAAGAAGGUGUGUCUAGGGAGGAAGCACUGCAGGUUGCUGAAGAGGCCACCCAGGAGGAUCGUGUCAGCCCAAAUAUUGAGGACGAAGAUGACCCACUCAUGAGUGAUGCACCUGUAGACUUAGAUCUGGACAACACUGGGUUUGUUCUGCCUGAAGCCCACCCAGGCAGAGAGUUCCCAGAGGGUGGCACUGUUGCUGCUGCUGCACGCCUUAACGACUCCGUGGUCAGUGAAGAGCCAUCAUCUGAGUAUGAGGCACUGGUGCUCAAGUGGGUGGCCGACUAUGUCAACAGUGCACAGGAAAGCAUCAAGUCUACAGACCUUGAGAGGAGAGUUAACCAGUGGCGGAAAACUGUCGUGCCCAAGUUGCAAGCGGAGGAGAAGAGGACAGAGUUUGACAUCCAUCGUUAUGGUUCUCAGAUUCUGAGUCAGUUCCCGAAUGAUGGACGCAAGCAGACCAUCAGCUUCAGACAAUCCAUGAAAGGGCAAGACGACCCAAGGGAGGUGUCUCGCUUCUUUCUCUCCUGUCUUAUGCUGGCAAACAGUCACAACGUUGAGUUGAGCACAAGUGACCCAGAUGACUUUGCCAUGGACUGUUUGGAGCUGACCCUCAAGUCUCGAGUGCGACACCAUGAGGAACUGGAAGAGUACAUGGCACCCUUACAGGCCAGUGCCAGGUCCUCGGAAACGGAAAUGGAGUACCAAAGUCACCGAGGGCCACCAGCAGUGUGUGCUGACAUAACACAGACAACUAACUUGCAAAAUGAGGCAAACAUCAUAACCAAGAAGGGCUGUGGCAAGAAAAGAGCAUUGCCCAGAUAGUGAGCAGUGUACAGUAAAGUACCACAAGUUCACAAGUCAAGAUGGUUAUAGAGCAAUUUAUGUUCAUACAUAUUUAUUGGAAGUGAUGAUCAUGGUGCUUCCAUUCACAAGCUGUUGGAGAGUAUCAUAAUGGGAAAUGGUCAGAGUGCAAAUGGUGAUUAAUCUUAUUUUAUUUAACACAAGCGGAGUUUUUAUUAUAUAUUUUUGCAUGCAUAUUAUCUUGUAGUUUUGUGCUUUUCUUUCCCUGGUACUUCAUGAUUUGUGCUUUUUGUGGUACUGUAGUUUUUCCUUAAUAAUGAAAUGUAUAUUAUUUUAGUUUAUUGCUGAAGUAGUGGUAUGGUGACUGGAACUCUUUGGAAACUGUUCCCUCUGUUUUUAAACUAAGAGUAUAAGUUUCUAGUUACUUCUCAGAAGAUAAAGGAUCUUGGAGAUUUGUGGUAUUCUACUGUACACUGUUCUACCUGAGAAAAUGUAGUGCCUUAAUAGUAAAUACUAUUACUAGCUUUAUCUUGUUCUACCCAGUCUAGGAAGCCAUGGGUAAGUUUUCAAUCACUGAUAAACUAAGUACAAUCCACAAGGGAUGCAUUCUUCACCGAUUGACCUGAUCCACGUGUCAUUCUCAAGUAAGCUGUCAUAUGAGGUUGUUUAUAAUAUUGUCAUCUUAAUGAAUUUGCAUAUAAAUCAAAAGUAUAUAAUUAUUUUGAGUUCACCUAAUCUUUUAUGCUGUUGUCAUCACAAUGAACUUUCAUAUUAAUAAAAAAUGUAAUCACUAAACUCAUUAUUGUAAUCACAACGAACUCACAUUUGAAUUAAAUAUUUUUCAUAUUGAACACCAUUAAAAAAGUAUUGCCAAUUAAGCAUACUCUGGGACCUGUCACUACAGUAUACAUGGUGCAGUUUCUUUCCCACAAAUCUGGAUUUUAUCGGAUUCUGACAAAUGAUAUUUCCUAUCCACUGUUUGAUAUAUAACAAAUUAUCAGUGACAGAUUACUGAAGUUACUCGAUCUUGAGAUGCAUAUGACAUGAGUUUUAUACUUAAGCCUUUUUAAGUUCAGGAUGUAUUGGGGUACAAAGUACUACAGAAUGGAUUGGUAUUUAUGUAUAGCAAAAUAUUUAUAUUCCACAUAAAUUGAUGAGUACAAACAUUUCAGCAUUUACAGAACAUUCCACUGUUGUAUGAUACGUAAAAGUGGAAGUUGUGUAGUACAUAUUAACUCUCUAUCUCUCUCUUUUUCUCUGUUUAUAUAUAUAUAUAUAUA